UUUUUCUCUCUCUCUCUCUCUCUCUCUCUCUCUCUCUCUCCUCCUCUCUCGUAUAGUCGUAUCCCCCUCCCACCUCUCUCCUCCUCCCUCUUCGAUCUCUCCGUCCAUGGCCUCCAUCACCGGAUCCGCGAUCUCCUUCGCCGCCCCCGCGUUGCGGCGGAGCCAGGCAGUUAACAAGCUAUCAAGUCUGAAUUCAGUCUCUUUCUUCAGUGCAAGGAAGAGUUUUCCAUCCAUCGGUUCGGCUCCGUUACGGCUUCAGAUUUCUUGUGCUGCCAAAAAGGAGACUCUGGACAAGGUGUGUGAAAUAGUGAAGAAGCAGUUAGCACUAGCUGACGGAACUGCUGUAACUGGAGAAUCAAAGUUUACUGAACUCGGGGCUGAUUCACUGGAUACCGUUGAGAUCGUGAUGGGUCUCGAGGAGGCAUUCGAGAUCAGCGUGGACGAAGGUAGCGCCCAGGAGAUCGCAACGGUGCAGGACGCGGCCGAUCUCAUUGAGCAGCUCGUCGAGGCAAAGGCAUAGGUGAAGAAGAAACAAUAACAAUGGUCCAGAAAAACCAAAAGGCUUGUCUUUCAAUCAUCUCUAGGUUUCACAAUCUGCGAGUUUUUUAAUAUUAAAUGUCUAGAUGUCUGGUUAAUUAUGACCGAUUUCACAUCUGUUUUGCUGUACUGGAAAAAUAUUUUGAUGAGCUUUUAUUUUAUUUAAAAUAAUUAUCUAAGAUUGUCCUAUAAUUUAUUAGAAUAUGAAACACAUUAUUUGGUGAUGUU